CCACUACACUCGACAAACCAACCAACCAAAUAUACACACAAAUACACACGCAUAAUUAAAUUUUGAAUAAAAUUUCACUAUUUUAACGAUAAUUUAAAAGAUAUUUUAAGUAGUUAAAUUUAAUCGGUGUUUUAAUUUGCGAUUGGUUGCGUGUUACGCAAAAUGCGCGUUUCUGACGGUUAGGCGAGAUUUAGACGCCGGCGCAAAGCUCGCACGCGUCCUGCCACCGCCGGUCGGCAAGGUAUUUUCAGUGAAGUCUGUUGACGUUGGGCCAGUGUUCAGAAAUACGCGCUGCGAGGAAGACGCGACUGCGGGACCGCCAACCGAUCCUGAAAUACUAAAGCACACCUAAUACACAUACGUACACACACAUACAACAACACGGGAAACUUGUGUGCCAGUUUCGUCAAGUGCACAUGUUGUCGCUCUUCUCGUAGCGAUUUAUUCAAACUGCGAGAUUUACGAACAUCUUCUGAAUUGAUAUUUGUGCCACAAAUGGGAUAAGGUAGACGAACAGACAAACAGACAGUUGAUUUGUGUGGCGUGUAGGCAGUUGGAUAUACAUUCCGUUAAAUCAAUUUUAAAUAAAAUUAAAUAAUAAAUAAAUAAAAAAAACUUCAAAAUGUCGAUAAAAUCGACUGAAAUUCGUAACGGGCACGAGCUGGCACCGUUGAAUAGCCGGCAGGAAGGAAGACCCGGUGUGACCAUCGUCCUGCAAGGACCGCGAGGUUCAAUCAUCUCGCGUGGAUCGCGCAAUAGCGGACUCGAGCCGGACUCGGACCGCGCGGCAUGGUCCGGAAAGAUGCAGUUCUUCCUCUCGAUCAUCGGAUACUCGGUGGGGCUGGGUAACAUUUGGCGGUUUCCGUAUCUCUGUCAGCAGAACGGAGGAGGAGCGUUUCUGAUACCAUUCUUCAUCAUGCUGAUAUUUGAAGGAAUACCGCUCUUUCUCAUAGAACUGGGUAUUGGUCAAAAGAUGCGUUUGGGUUCACUGGGAGUGUGGAAUACUAUACACCCCUGGUUAGGAGGUAUCGGAAUCUCCUCCUGCAUCGUCACGUUCUUCGUCGCGCUCUACUACAACGUGAUCAUCACCUGGUGUUUUUACUAUCUGUUCAACAGCUUUCAGGCUUUAAUAUUGCAGUCACCGUUGCCGUGGUCGGAAUGUCCUAAAAUCAACGGUACGGAUGUGUUAGAGUGCGCUAAAUCUUCGGAAACCGCUUAUUUCUGGUAUAGAACCACACUGGAUGCAGCGCCAUCGAUCGAGGACCCAGGCGCGCCUCGCUGGUGGAUCGUUAUGUGUUUGUUGUUAUCGUGGAUUAUCGUUUUCUUCAUUGUGAUGAAAGGCAUACAGAGUUCCGGCAAGGUUGUGUACUUUACGUCAAUGUUUCCUUACUUAGUUCUUACCAUCUUCUUCGUGCGCGGUAUUACGUUAAAAGGAGCAAGUGCUGGUCUGGCUCACAUGUAUACGCCAAAGGUGGAGAAGUUACUAGAUCCAACGGUGUGGCUGGACGCAGCCACGCAGGUAUUUUAUUCCUUCGGGCUGGCGUUCGGAUCGCUCAUUGCGUUUGGUUCCUAUAACCAACCGAAGAACAACUGUGUCCGUGAUGUUAUACUUGUCUCCUGCUGCAAUGCCAUCACUGCCAUUUACGCAAGCGUCGUCAUCUUCUCUAUUCUCGGCUUCAAAGCGAUGAGCAAUGUCGAUAGGUGUAUUGACAGCAAUACUAUUAAAAUGAUUGCUAAAGAACUAUUGCCGAAUACAACAAUUACCGAAGAGAUGUACAAAAACGCAUUUGAUCAUAUCUCCGAUGAGGAAAAAAUAAAACUGGGACUGGAGACUUGCUCGUUGGCACAACAACUAGAUGAGGCUGCUGAAGGCACCGGGUUGGCGUUCAUUGUUUUCACGCAAGCGAUCGUCGAAUUGCCCGGAGCGCCAUUUUGGGCCGUCAUCUUCUUCAUGAUGCUGCUGUCCCUGGGUCUCGGCUCCCAGAUCGGCAUACUUGAGGGCAUGCUCUGCACUAUUUUUGAUAUUGAAAUUUUCAAACGUAUUCGCAAAGAAUACGUUACAGGUGUCGUAUGUAUAAUCUGCUUCUUUGUCGGAUUAAUAUUCACAACCGGAGCUGGUGAAUACUGGCUGAAAAUGUUUGACUCCUUUGCCGGAACAAUUGGUCUGGUUGUGGUUGCGUUGAUGGAAAUGAUCUCAGUGGUGUAUAUCUACGGCCAUGAGAAAUUCACUCAAGACAUUUACGACAUGACUGGUUACCGACCAGGUAUUUUCUGGCAGGUCACAUGGCGGUUCCUCGCACCUCUCAUUAUGGGUGUUAUUCUGAUUUCGUCAAUUGUGUUUAUGGUCAUCAAUAAUCCAUCGUAUUCCGCAUGGAUUGCUGAGAAGGGUGAAGUGGUAUCAAUGCAAUAUCCCAGCUGGGUUAUGACAAUCGCUAUGUGCAUGAUCGCCGCUGGAGUCUUACCCAUACCGAUUGUAUUCCUGCUGAGAAGGUACCAAUGCUUGAAGAUGGAUAUCAACAUCCAUGAAGGAUCCAUCCGCCGUAUUGAUACAACCGUAUCAACCAAGGAAAUGAUUACCGAUGUUGAUCUUGAUGACGAUUCGGAUGACAGUCCUCUGCGCGAUUAUCGCGACAACGACAACGAUGAUAGCGACGACGACGGUCCGAAGAUCAACAUGAACGUCCUGCGGAAAACAUUCAGAAUGGAGGUGAUGGACGAUUACUGAAGAGAUGUCUCUAUUUUUUUAUCAUUCAACCAGACGCGUGUUACAACAUCCUCUUGCUUUUAUUCGACGUUCUUCCUUCUCCGAUGGGUGGACGCCAUGACAGUUUUUACGUACGCGUUAGGCAUGUGAUACAGAAACACUUUGCGGUUUACCAUUUAGCGCUGGAGCGCUGGAUCGCAUCCGGUGCAUGACACGUGUUUGGAAAACGUUUUCAAAUUUUAUUGUACAUAAGCCCCUGAACGUGUGUGAUUUUAAAUAUUUAACAAUCAGAGCAAAUCUUGAUAUUUGAAUAUUUUUAAACGUGCCACAAUUUGAGUCGCAGAUGCAAUCGCGUUUGUGACGUUUUUCCCGAUUGAUGUUAACUGGUUCUGAUGGUGUAACCUAAUGUGAACGCUUAUUACGCUUUAACGUAGGUGUAUUUUUAAAUGAUUAACUUUAGUAAAACAGUUUAGAAGUCUACAUUUACACUCAGAGUAUAUUAAGUUUGAAGGAUACAAUAGGAGCAUUUCAUUUUUAAAACUAUGACUAUAAUAUUUUAAAGACAUCUCUAUCACUCUCCUCAUAUGAAUGUAAACAAUCUGAUCAAUAUUCUAUUUAUAAACAACAAACGGCUAAUGAUUCACAGUAUUCACGUACAGGUUGCAAUUACUCCUCGACAUUUCAUUUCGAAGAUAAAUGCUUGUUGUUGAAUAGUAAUAUGUAAAAGAAACUCAUACUUAAUCGAAGGAUUACAUGAAGAAACAUAAUUAAAAUAUGAAUUAUUUAUAGCUGUUGUAAACGAUUGAUGUAAUUAAUGAUUGUAAAUAGUGUACAUAAAGGUAGUCAUAUAAUUGAAGCAAACGAGACAAACCAGACGCGAUCGUAAACUGAAACUAGUAAUCAAACCGACAAAAAAACAACUGAUAGCAAAUAUAUAAUUAUAUAUGCCGGUUUGACAUAUUGAUAUUACAAUAUUAGUACACAACAAUUAGUUUGACGAAUUGCGACAUUAUUUACGCACUUUACGUUUCAAGUUUGAACGCGAUAUUAAUCUUAAAAGCUUCUAGUUAAUUACUGUAUGAACUGUAGAUUACAAUUAUUACAAUUAAAUACAAUUACCGUAACUGCAAACAAAUGCGAAAUUACAAACAUACAUAAAGUUGAAUUCUAAAGUUUGAAACGUAUUUAAUUGAAAAGCGACGAAAAUGAAGGUUGAAGUUAGAUUUGCGAUUAGAGUAGUUUUGCAUAGACACAAAUAUUUAACCGAGCAAAUAAUUAAAUUUCCACCAGGUUAUUAAUUGAUUCUACAACUACGUAUAGGCCAAACACUGAAUACGAAAAGAGGGUAAACACUGUACUAUUAAAUAAAUACCAACAUAGUAUAUAACGUAAUGUUUAUGACAAAGAUUGAUGAUAUACCUAAGAAUAGUAGUAUUAUUUUUGAAACCGCAGAAGAAAAUUAAAUGAGAUGAAAUGAUAUAAAACAAAUGUUUAUAAUAAGCAUUAAAUUAAACUAGGCUCGAAGUGUCGAUGUGAUAAUAUUAAUUCAUAAUAUUCAUCACUACAUUCUUUAAGAUUUCCACAUGUUUUUGUAUAGUUUUCGUUUGAACAAAAAUAAUUUGUAUUUGUUGAUUGCGUUGUGCGUUCAUUAUUGAGUUAUGUAUUUAGUUAUUCUUGCAAAUUGUCUUUGAAAUCAAUCUACUUUGUUGCGUUCUCAGUUUGUGUUGAGAUUGAAAUUGAGUUUCAUCAUUUCAAAAGACAAUAAAGUAAUCACUUAAGUACCGAUUAAGUCAAAGAGUUUUAAAACGAAGUUAAAGCCUAAGAGAUAAAGCUUUAUAGUUUUAGCGACAAAAAAGGCAAGUGAGAUAGCAAAUAGUGAGUGUCUUUUGAUAAGUUGUUCGUUCGCUUUGCGUUAUCAGUCAGUAUUUUAAUUCGAUGAUGUGUUUUUCUAAGCCAACAAGACAAAAUGAUCGUACCUUUGCUACAUUGAAUCCUUAUGCAACGAAGAGUGCAAAUAUGAAUCCAAACCAAACACAUACACACACAUUCAAACAUAAAAAAUGGAAACUUUCAAUGCUCCGCCAACGUUUUUACCAAAAAAAAAACCGCAAGCAAAACGUUCGAGUAGAGAAAUUAUAUUGGAAGCAGAUAUACAUAUAUAAUAUAGACUUAGAGGCCUAUAUUGUCGAAUCGAUGCAAAUUAAAGAAAACAAAAAAACUAUUACUGAAAAUAAUAGGAUAUGAAAGAAAAAAUGCUCACCGUCACAAUAAAUCAAAUUUAUUGUGAUUUAUUUUGUGUAGUUGAAAAACAAAUAUUAAUAACGUAAUAAGAAGUAUAUUAUGUAAUUUACCGAUUAGGGAAAAUGUUGUAAAAGUCCUAACGCGACUGAAAUUAAAUCACAUUUGAUGAGAGAUGAAAAAAAUACCACAAACAUUACAUUAGCGCUAUGUGUUCAAUUAACAAUGUUAUGGAAUUUUUAGUUUCAGUUCUGUUCAGUUUAAUGACUCAGGAUUUACUUCUACAGACAAACAAUAGAAACAAAUGAAUCAUUUAUGUUUAAGCAACUUUACCGUACUUUGACUAACUAAGGGUUUUGUUGAGUACGAACGUAAAUAGCACAUAUCCGCACUUAAUGAAAAUGCAAGUCAAUAAUUUAUGAAAUCUGUAGAUUUUGGAAAUCUUUGAUAUAUGUACAAUGGAAAUUCUUUAAUAUUGUUAAUUAAUUCAUAAUUUCAAUAAUAAAACUAUACAUGUGAAUGUACUAUUUGUAUCUUUGAUUGGACUUGACAUUUCUUUCUGAAUAAAUGAAAGUAUUAAACAUA